GAUACUGUAGGCACAGUAGGCCCGGGGGUCUAAGGGCCCCGGCGGUCCUAAGGACCCCCAUGGCCAUGGCUGAGCAGCCACGGCCUGGGUGGACCUCGUAUCACAAUCCUCACACCAACAACUGCCAGGACCUGGGUAACUCCAUCCUGUUGCUGUUGGGCCUCAUCAUCUGUAUUAACAUUGGCAUCAAUAUGGUGACGCUGCUCUGGAACAGACUCCGUGGCUUCUUAAACCAAGUGUUCCAUAUUAUGUGUGAGAAAGAGGCUAAGCCAUGCCCGCCUGAGAAGCAGACCCAGCCCCCAAAGGAGAGCUCCCCUACAGUCCACCUUCGAUGCACCAUGGACCCUGUACAAAUGACUGUGACCCCUCCACCCAUUCGCCGCCAUCGCCGCCGUAGGGGCUCUUCACGUCGCCGUGCCCACCGCCCUGUAGCCUGGGGCCGUGACACUGACGAGGAAGAGAAGGCCCCACGACAUUGCCCAGCAUUCUGUUCCCACAACUGGGAUGUCCCUCCACACUGGGAAGGUUUCCGCUCUACCCAGGGGGUCUGGGUUCCCUGGGCCCAGGAUGCUCCAGAGCCCCCUACUCAGACUAUCCGCUUCCAGCAAAUUGAAAGGCCCCUAACAACAGAGAUGCGAUCAGAGCUGGGCCUUGAGGCAUACGUGUACCCUGUGAACCCUCCACCCCCCAGCCCUCAGGCCCCGAACCAUAAGAACAAUGGAGCAGGGGCAGAGGCAGGGGCUGGGGCAGAGCAGGAGCAGGGCUCUCCCGCCCCACCACCCAUCCACGGCCCAGCAUUUGUCCCAGAAGUCCCCCGGCGUGGCUCCUCAGCCCGCAUAGUGUAUGAUGCACGAGAAGUGAGGCGGCGACUUCGAGAGCUGACCCGGGAGGUGGAGGCCCUGUCCCACUGUUACCCUAUGAUCACUGAACACAGCCCCGUGGCUCCAGAAGUAGGCAAGGAAUGGAUAUACCGUCACUUGCCAGAGAAGUGCCUGGGAGAACAAUAAAAAGAAGUGAGGUGGAGAUGGUUUGUGGUGGUGUGA